AGGCGUAGCCGCAUCAACUCGCCGCUGGGCGGCGAGGCGGAGGCGAUGCCGCUGCCACAGCAGGAGCUCGAGCGGCUGCUCCGCCCGCGCGCGGUGCCGGCCGACCCCGAGGUGGAUUUGUGCGCCGCAGAGGGCGCCGUCCACCUAUGGAGCGGUGCCCACAGCAUCCCGAAGCCGGGCGGACGCUGCGAGGACGCGUACUUCUGCGGAGCGAGCGGCCUCGGCGUGGCCGACGGCGUCGGCUCCAUGGCCCAGUUCAAGAGGCACGGUGUUGAUGCGGCUGCCUACUCAGCAGACCUCAUGCAGGUUGCCAGCGAGGCCGCCUGCCUCGCGGAGGUGGCGGGGGGCAAGGCCUCCGCAGCCGCGGUGGCGGCCGCCGCGGUCGAGCGGGCGGAGUCCAAGGCGGUUACCUACGGCGCCUCCACCAUCACGGUGCUGAGCCUCCUGGGCGGGGUCGCGGGCGUGGCCAACAUCGGGGACAGCGGCUUCAUGCUCAUGCGGCAGACAGCCCAGGGCAUGUCCACCGUCCUCAGGUCGACAGAGCAGCAGCACAGCUGGAACUGCCCCUUCCAGCUUAUGCGGCUGCCGCCCGUCCUGGCCAAGCAGGCAGAGAAGAAAGGGGUGCGCCUGGAUACCGCCGCCGACAGCCAGAUCUACGAGUUCCCCGUGCUCCCAGG